AUUGUCUGAAAGGGUGUACACCCAAGUGGAUCUCUGUUAACCAAUCCAGUGCAGGCCCAGACACUACUAUCAGCUACUAUUGGACAGGAGGAAAGGAUAUUGAGCCAUCUAUCACAGUGUGAGCACAGCCAAAGCUCAUGCAUUCACAGACUUCCCUUUUAUUGAUGAGAAAAGGGGGGGGAUUCUAUUGAAUGUACACUGGGGGAGGCGAGCACCCUAAAAGGAUUCACUGACACACACAGAGACCCUUCACCAAACCGAUAAGGCAGGGGGACAGGGUUAGCCCUCCAACAGACAUAGGGAUGAGCACAUGGAGAAUUCACCGGAGACCUCAUUAGUCCCUUGCGGAAAGGACAAGUAUAUUUCCAAGAAUGAGUUGCUGUCUCAUUUAAAGAACUAUAAUUUAUAUUAUGAAGGACAGAACCUACAACUGAGACACAGAGAGGAAGAAGGCGAGUUGAUUGUUGAGGGUCUUCUCAAUAUAUUCUGGGGUCUAGGGCGCCCCAUUCGUCUUCAGAUGCAGGAUGACAAUGAGAGGAUUCGUCCACCUCCCUCUUCCACAUCAUGGCACUCGGGCUGCAAUUUGCUCUCCCAGCGACAAGUGGCUAAGCAAGACACAAUCCCAGAUAUACAGAUAACAGAUGUUUCGGAUUCACCCAAUACAGAAGAGGAAGAUGUGAAACAGUCACAGGAUGAAGCACCUCAGCUGAUGCGGACUAGGAGUGAUGUUGGAGUUCGCCGAAGGGGAAAUCUGCGUACACCAGGAGAGCAGAGACGCAUCAAACGCCAUCGUUUCUCCAUCAAUGGGCACUUCUACAACCACAAGACAUCAGUGUUUACUCCAGCGUAUGGAUCAAUAACCAAUGUCCGAAUAAACAGCGCCAUGUCCACACCUCAAGUACUCAAACUCCUCCUCAAAAAAUUUAAGAUCGAGAAUUCUGCUGCAGAGUUCUCUCUCUAUAUGGUGCACACGAGUGGAGAGAAGUGGAAGCUAAAAGAUUGUGAUUAUCCUCUCGUUGCUCGUAUUCUGCAAGGACCCUGUGAGCAAGUGUCUAAGGUUUUCCUAAUGGAGAAGGACCAGGUGGAAGAAAUCACGUAUGAUGUGGCACAAUAUAUAAAGUUUGAAAUGCCUGUUUUGAGCAGCUUCAUCCAAAAGCUAAAGGAGGAAGAAGACAGAGAGGUCACCAAGCUAACGAGAAGGUAUACAGCUCUACGAGUAGUAAUCGAGCAGCGUUUACAUGAUAUGGCCCGCAGCCCUGCCACCAUGUAGCAAUCAGGUCUUCUUGGACUCUCUGUAUCAGUAUUCCUGUGGGCUGCUGACAUCAUCCCUCUGUACUAAAACCAAAGGAGUUGACUGGGAAGGACCUGCAUCUUUCUUAAAUAGUACAUAAAGCUUCACCUCUCUGCUUCCAGACCAAGAGGCCCCGUAUUGCUCUGCCUCGCGUUCACUAAUACAUUUCCAAAGUUACUGGAAUGAGAAGACCGUGGGACUCUAAGUAUUACAUAAGUGUUGCUAUGGCCAGCUUUUACAUUCCAACAGCAUUCCCUUUUGAACCUAAACGGUUUGUAAUAUUACAUUGGGUCCCCCAUAGAACGCUCUUAUUUUACCUAAACAACUGGACAAUUCCAUGAACUAACAAGAAUAAAACAUGUAGGAGAAAGGCAAACUAGUAAUUUUAGAAGGAACAAGCACUUGAAACAGGAACAAGAAAAUCCACGUGCGGGUCUAUUCACUGGCGUGGUGACUUGACAAUGACUUAUUUAGGUCUACAGAGCAGGGUUAGAAAUCUUCAACUCCUUGGAACCAGAAACUUUUCCAUAUUUGCUACUACACAUUAAAUGUUGCAAGUUUGUUUUCGCUUCUCUAUAAUUCACUGGAAAAGGAUAUGAGUUUUGAAAAAUGGUUCAAUUUGGCUAUUUUGAUCUAAAAUUUGCAAUUUCCAAGACAAUGCUUUUAGCAUUUCCAAUUCAGUGAAUAGAUCCUAAAUAAUUCAUAUGGCACCUUAGCUACUUCAAAUGUGUUUGCUGCCCCCUCCACAGUCACCUGUUAAUUAGUAGACAAGGACUAUGUGUAAUGACAGUCAUAUAUCACAGAAUUAGAAUUGAUGGGAUUGCUGGGUGCGAUGCAUAAAGACAGGUACGUUUUUGCUGUAGGAUAAAGAGCUUAUUUUUUGCUAAGCACAUAACUUUUAAUGAAAAGUUUGAGAUAUUGUUUGUAAUAAAAAUUUAAAAAAAAAGAGAAAAGCACAAAGGUAAGUUGUUUUUUAGAAACGUGUAAGUAAGUUUUGGCAGAAGUGAAGCCAAAUAGUAUUAUAAUGUAUAGAACAAUAACAAUGGUCUUUGAGAAAUAUUAACCGUUUCAUUGGCAGACGCUGUGAGAAUUGCAAAACAUUGUUCAAUGAAAUAAAAAAUAAAAAAAUAUCCCCAUUCCAGGCAGAGGAUUGCAAAUAUAAUUUAUUUACUACUUAAUAAAGCCAAGGGUUGAAAAAAUCAUGAGCCUUUUGCAUCAAGGCUACAUCUAACAUAAGUGUAUACCUGUAACACAUAGUGAUAAUAACAUUGCUACACUUUGUGCUGAGCUUCCAAAUUUUGUUUAAUACUCUUGUUUCUUUUUCUAUCUAACAAAUGUGAAUUUUGCAGCAGGAAAUGUUUACUUCAUGGCACAUCUGCCCAUUUCUGAAUAAAGCACUUUGCAGAAACAUC